GUUGCGGCUGCUCCACCGACGGUCGGGCUUCCUGCUCGGGCUCCGGCGCAGACCAGGGUGGAGCCUCGUGGCGUCUCCGUGGAGGAGACGCCGUGCGGGGAGGCCACCCUGGCGCCGGAGCCGAAGAAGAAGAGGAGGAAGACGACGACGACGGGCGACGUGGAGCAGCCGGCAACGCCCGCUCCUGCUCGGGCUGAGACCCGGUUGCCUGAGGGCUGGCGGACAGCCCUCACCGGGGCAGAGCAGGAGUGGAUCGGCCGGGCGCUGUUCCAGCAGACCAGCGGGGGGUCCCUCAAGCUAACCACGGACCUCAAGCUGUGGUGGGACCCCCCCCAGCCCCGGCUGAACUAUACUCAGCCACCCGCCUCGGCGGCUGCCUUCUUCGCGUGUCGGUUGUUCCUCUGGGCGCCCCUGCACAUGUGGGGUCCCCGGCCGACAUGCUGCCAGAAACAUCUCACCAAGUGUGGGAUGUACAAGACCAUCCGGAAGGUCUUGGACAUCGACGGCUGGUACUUGAUGGCCACCGAGUACCUGGAGUGCCGUCGGUGUCGGAGGAAGGUAGCCGCCUGGUCGCAGGAGGUCGUGAGGCAGCUGGGAGAGGGGCAUCGCGCCCUCUUCCCGGCGAUCCUCACCUACAAGCUUGCCUGCGACCGGCGGGUCAUCAUCCAGCUGCGUGAGCGUACUCGGGGGAACAGCGCCACGCAGCUGCAAAAAAAACUCUGUGAGGCACACACAGAGGCCUGGAUGCGGCGGUCCAUACACUACCUCAGCGUCAUGGAGCCCUUCACGUCGACGGGUGUCGUGCGCCAGUGCACCCCACCGCCGAAACCAUCGCCAGACGUGCCGCAGUACGGCUGGCUGUUGGUGGUGUACUGCCACGACAUCCUGUCUCGCCUGGAGGACGUGAAGGCCCGGGUCACCUCAGUCUUCGGAUCCAUCUUGAAGAUGGAUUCGACCAAGAAGGUGACCCGGAAGCUCGCCGGUGCCGCCGCCCAUACCGCAGCCUGGGCGACCAACGUGGGCAACGAGCACGGGCAGGUGCUAAUGUCCGUGCUCACGGCCACCGAGGGGGGUGGCCUGUUGCCCAUGGCCGCGGGGUUAAUGCGGCGGUACCGGGACGCUGGGGUAGCGCAGCCUCGCGUCCUCUACGUCGACCGGGACUGCUGUUCGUCCCACGGGGGGUCCAAGGCAGCUGCUGCGUUCCAGGAGUGGGACAAGCUGGUGGUCCGGUUGGACAUUUGGCACCUGAUGCGACGCUACGCAUCAGGUGUCACAACCGAGAGCCACCAGCUCUACAAGCCCUUCCUGCAGCAGCUGUCCGCCAGUAUCUUCCUGUGGGACCCAGAGGACACAGCCCGGUUGCUCAACGCCAAGAGGAGGACGCUAGAGGCGCAGGGGAUGACCUUCUCGUCCGAAGCCGGAGUGUGGAGGCACGUCAGCCGCAGGGAGAUGGCUCUCCAUUGCCGUCGCCGCACGCGUGGAGCUGCGGCGACCGAGCGGCUGAUUGAUGACCUCCUGCAAACCUUCGGCGGUGCCAACGGGCGAGACACCAUGGGGAUUCCCCUGCUGGACCGAGACCGCAUCCAGGCAAUCCGUGCGGAGCAGCGACGGCACCUCGAGUGCAUCCAGGACCCGCCGGGCGUGGAGCUGUACACGGAGACAGGCAGGCUGACCAAGGGGGGGAUCAGCCUGCCGACGUACCGUUGUGCGCGCGGCUCCACGUCCCUGGAGUCGUUCCAUCUCCACCUCAACCGCUUCAUUCCAGGAGAAAGUGCCAACCCUUGGCACUUCCAGGCUUUUCUCCUGGAGGGGUUGGUGAGAUGGAACGAGGACAGGGCGGCGUCCGCGGCACAGGAGGGUCGUCCGCUGCUCCGCACCUACAGUGGCCCCCUGCAGCACUCCCUUGACCAGCUCAGCCAACGGGUGCUUGGCUCGAGUUUGGUCAGGGACUACACCAAGCCCAGGGAGUACACGGGGGAACUCAUCGGCAUCGAGUACUGUACUCCCAGACGGGCAGAGUGCUGCAGGACGUCCAGCUUGGACCCUGACGUCCGGGACGCGGGUCCACCGCCUACCGAGGAGGACGACGAGCUCGCCGAAGGCCGGCAUGAGUUUGGAGGACCUCACACUCCACGUGCCUGGCGAGUUCACCGCUCCUCGGACGGACCCGCGGUCAGGGCAACCAGCUGA